AUGGCAUCCUCGGAGAAGAAGAGUAUCAUGGGCCAUGUCGCCGAGCCGGUCGAUGCCAACACGAACCUCAGCUCCGGGCCCAACUCUCUGGACCACGAACCCUCCUCAGCCUUGGACGACCAGGAGGUGUUCAAGUCUGAUGGCAAAGUGGCCUUCCGCACCAUCACCUGGCAGCGACUGAUCAUCAUCUUGCUCAAGGUGCAAAUCGCCACGGGGGUGUUGGGAAUCCCGGGCGCCAUGGGAUCUCUGGGCGCGGUGCCGGGGGCGCUGCUCAUUGUCGGCUGGCAAGCGUUGAAUACGUACACGGCAUGCGUGCUGAUUGAUUUCCGCAACAAGCAUCCAUCCUGCCACACCAUCGUCGACAUGUGCGGCGUGAUGUGGGGACGAAUCGGCCGCGAGAUAACGGGCAUCAUCUUCGUCAUAGCGUUCGUGCUAUGCAGCGGGUCAGGGAUGCUCGCCAUCUCAGUGGCCUUGAACGCACUGAGCACGCACGGCGCGUGCAGCGUCUGGUUCGGGUUUGUGGCCAUGAUCCUCGUGACGAUGUACUCGUCCAUCCGGACCUGGAACCGCAUGACCUGGCCGAUGACAGUCGGCUUCAUCUGCGUCAUGGGCGGCAUCCUGGCCGUGGUGAUCGGCGUGGCGGUGCGCGACCGCCCAGCAGCGGCGCCGGCCACCGGCCCCUUCGACCUGGGCUUCCGCGUGGUCGGACACCCAGAGUUCGCGGCGGGCAUCACGGCGACAGCAACUAUCUUCGUCUCCUCGGCCGGCGGGCCGGGCUACAUCCCGAUCGUGGCGGAGAUGCGUCGACCGCAGGACUACCGCAAAGCCGUGAUCCCCGUCGGAUUCAUCGUCGCGGCCGUCUACCUGUCCAUGUCGAUGGUGGUCUACUACUACUGCGGGGUGUGGAUCGCCACGCCGUCGCUGGGCAGCGCCGGCCCGCACGUCAAGAAGAUCGCCUACGGCAUCGCCCUGCCCAGUCUGGUCGUCAGCGCCGGCAUCUUCAACCACACCGCGGCCAAGUAUGCGUUUGUGCGGCUGAUGCGCCGCUCGAAGCAUUUCCAGCGCAACUCGUGGCAGCACUGGUCCGUCUGGCUGAGUGCUAACCUCGUCGUCGCCGCCCUGGCCUUCAUCCUCGCCGAGGCUAUCCCCGUCUUCAACUACAUGCUCGCCCUGACCGGUGCGGUCUGCUUCGCUCCCAUGAGCCUCAUGUUUCCAGCCUGCAUGUGGAUCUACCAGUAUGGCGCGCCGUCUUUGACUAAAGGCUGGAAAGGGAAGUUGGCUUAUGGGUUUCACCUGCUCAUUUUGGCUGUUGGAACAUUCCUGCUCGUGGGUGGAAUGUGA